AUUCUGGGCAGGACGGUACGAGCCAGCAUGCAAGAGUUGGGACUUCUUAUUUUCUUCAUGGGAAUUUGCGUCGUAAUUUUUUCCAGCGCUGUAUAUUUCGCCGAGUUGGACUCCCCGUAUUCCCAAUUUUCCAGCAUUCCGGAUGCAUUUUGGUGGGCGGUAGUAACGAUGACGACCGUAGGAUACGGAGACAUGAGGCCUGUCACUCCUCUUGGGAAAGUUGUCGGGUCGUUGUGUGCUGUUGCUGGCGUCCUGACGAUAGCACUUCCUGUUCCGGUGGUCGUCAGCAACUUCAACUACUUCUAC